UAAUAACUUCCUGUGUCAUAGGGCUCUUGAAAAGAAGCGCUUCCGGAGGCUUGGACCACUAAUCAAUAAACUAGCCUCUUAGGCUUAAUCUAGUCGUCGCUCGAACCUGUCAGAGUCGGACAGCCGCGUAGACCGCUCCUGGAACACGGCGGACAAAGAGCGUGAACCUUCACACAAUGUCUGGUAGUCUGAUGUGUAUUGAACCUGAAGAGACAUCUAGGCAUUGAAUCUGGAGACGUAAAUGGAAGACAGAUUGUAGGCUUCAUUGAACGGAGAACAUCCUUCCUCUAGAGUUUUGCUAACACCGAUUUCAAAUUGAUCUUAACUUGCUUUUUAUGUAAGAACUGCUGGACUUCAUAUUUUUUACUAGAGAAGCCUAUGACCUACAACUGCCCGAGACUUGAACACAUUACCUGUAGGGUAUCAACUACAUUAAACCUGGGAGCUCUUCUCUGUGUGCCCUAAAAUGUUGAGAUACUGGGGAGAGAUACCCAUCCCAUCAGGACAGACCAACCGAAGUUCCUUUGAUCUGCUCCCACGGGAGUUCCGCCUGGUGGAAGUCCAUGACCCACCCCUGCACCAGCCCUCGGCCAGCAAGCCCAAACCCCCAACCAUGCUGGAUAUCCCCUCAGAGCCGUGCAGCCUCACCAUACACACCAUCCAGUUGAUCCAGCACAACCGACGCCUUCGCAGCCUCAUUGCCACCGCUCAGACCCAGAAUCAGCAGCAGACAGACGGUGUGAAGGCUGAGGAGAGUGAACCUCUUCCCUCCUGCCCUGGGUCACCUCCUCUCCCUGAUGACCUCCAGCCUUUGGACUGUAAAAAUCCCAAUGCACCAUUCCAGAUCCGGCACAGUGACCCAGAGAGUGACUUUUACCGCGGAAAAGGAGAACCAGUGACUGAACUCAGCUGGCAUUCCUGUCGGCAGCUCCUCUACCAAGCAGUGGCCACUAUCUUGGCCCAUGCGGGCUUUGAUUGUGCUAACGAAAGUGUCCUGGAGACCCUAACUGAUGUAGCACAUGAGUACUGCCUCAAGUUCACCAAGUUGCUGCGCUUUGCCGUAGACCGGGAGGCCAGGCUGGGACAGACCCCUUUCCCUGAUGUCAUGGAGCAGGUGUUCCAUGAAGUGGGGAUUGGCAGCGUGCUCUCCCUGCAGGAGUUCUGGCAGCACCGCAUCAAGGACUAUCACACUUACAUGCUACAGAUUAGCAAGCAGCUCUCUGAAGAGUAUGAAAGGAUUGUCAAUCCUGAGAAGGCCACAGAAGACACUAAGCCUGUGAAGAUCAAGGAGGAGCCUGUGAGUGACAUCACGUUCCCUGUCAGUGAGGAGCUGGAAGCUGACCUUGCUUCUGGAGACCAGUCCUUACCCAUUGGGGUCCUGGGAGCUCAGAGUGAGCGCUUCCCGUCCAACCUGGAGGUGGAGGCUUCGCCACAAGCUUCAAGUGCAGAGGUAAAUGCUUCUCCUCUUUGGAACCUGGCUCAUGUGAAAAUGGAGCCUCAAGAAAGUGAAGAAGGCAAUGUGUCUGGGCAUGGCGUGUUGGGCAGUGAUGUCUUUGAGGAGCCAAUGUCAGGCAUGAGUGAAGCUGGAAUCCCUCAGAGCCCUGAGGACUCGGACAGCAGCUAUGGUUCCCACUCCACUGACAGCCUCAUGGGGUCCUCCCCCGUUUUCAACCAGCGCUGCAAGAAGAAGAUGAGGAAGAUUUAGCCUCAAAAGGACACAUCCAGUCCAGACCUCCAUCAGCAGAAAGCGUUGUUUAGAUUGUUUCCAUAAGUUGUUUUUUUGGUUUUGGUUUUGGUUUUGUUUUUCGAGACAGGGUUUCUCUGUGGCUUUGGAGCCUGUCCUGGAACUAGCUCUUGUAGUCCAGGCUGGCCUUGAACUCAUAGAGAUCCACCUGCCUCUGCCUCCUGAGUGCUGGGACUAAAGGCAUACACUAUCAACGCCCGGCUGGAUUCUUAUUUUUAAAUACAGUGGGCUUUCCGAAUUUCGGAGAAAAGGUUCUUAACCUAGUUACACUUCACUUUGGCAUUGUUUUUGUACUUUUUCGGAACAGCAAGCCACUGUUCACAGAUAGUGAUACUGGCAGUAAUCAGACCAAAGCACUGUCCCCAGCUGUUAUUUUACUGUGUGACAACACACAUUUCUUAGCUUCUCUCAGCCAUCUCUCUGGCACAGUUGAGAAGAACCAUGCCGCUUUGAUGUUCCCUGCAGAGAUGCAAAGCUGAGAUGUUUUGCUUAAAUGUCAAAGCUUGCAAAGCGUCACAAAUAUAUAACAUUGUAGAUGUCAGAUUUUCAUUCAUUUAUUCUGGAACAAGUCACGUCACUGGGAUCCAGUAGUAAUACAGGAGAUAGUUAAACAUAACAGAGCUCAGCAGGCAAGUUUCCAAACCAUUUCUGCUACUCAAGCCUCUUACAAAAUGAGAGCCCUGUGGUGACAGCCAUCAUCCUUAUGCAAACUGCUCUUUCUUCUCCACAAGUCUUCCUUUUCCAGAUUAUUCCAUCCAGCCUCAUCCUUUUCACUUUUAGUAUGCUUUCUACUGACAUAGACUUUUACAUAUUUCCCCCACACUCAUUUUCUGUGAAGAAUGAGACAGGGCCUGCUACAGUUGCUAGGUGGGCAGCAUUUGGUUUUGUUUCAGGUUGUUCUUUGUUCUUUAAAAACACAUUUGAGGAGCCAGAGAGAAUGGCUCAGUGGAUGAAGACACUUGCAGCUUGAGUUCAAUCCCCGGGACCCACUGGUGCAAGAAGAGAACUCCAAGUUGUCCUUUACAUGCCGUGGUGCAUGCCAGGGCACAAACACAAAUAAAUUAUUUUUGAAA